AUGAAAUUCACUUUCGGAUUACUUUCAGUCGUGGCAACUAUCCUCAGCACCCCGACGGUCACAGCUGUCCCUACUCAUGGGCUUCAUCGAGGCUAUUUCGGUGGACCUGGAUAUGGCGGUGGGUACGGGGGUGCCUAUGGCUCCGGAUACGGGGGUGGAUAUGGAGGAUAUGGUGGAGGGUACGGCGAAGGUUAUGGGCGAGGAUAUGGAGGUUAUGGUGGAGGUUACGGUGGAGGCUAUGGUGGAGGCUAUGGUGGAGGCUAUGGUGGGGGGUACGGUGGAGGGUAUGGUGGAGGCGGCGGUGGACUAGGCUUAGGGUUCGGCCUUGGUGUAGGCGUCGGUGUUGGGAUCUAAAUACAUUGGCCUCCUUGCCGGAAUUCGAGCAUCGAUGAUGAUUUGUCGUUCGGGAACAAGUAUGCUUGAGCGAUCCCACAACAAACCCCUUGCGAAUCCGCUCGGCAUUGCCUCAAGAAAUACACUCAUUUCAUGUUCUCGGCCUGUGGCGACCUCGGACACAUCACAUAAAUUACAUCUUCAAGUGCCAGGCAACAACAGUUUUCUAGAUUCUCUACCGUUCAUAUAAUGGGCUUUUCUUGGGUUCACAUCUUGCAGCUUCGCUGUCUAUAUAAAGUAGGUCUUGUAUAGCAAAUAUUAUCAUUUGAAGCAGCCUUUGUGGGCAUUGUAAACAUAACACUUGGUGAAAUUGCACAAUGAGUAUUGUUGAUCUUCCAUCAG